UUCGGGUUGCCGUAGUGCGUCACGUGUUGACGAGGUUUGCUAGCUGGUGCUACCGAAAGCUUCAGUAAAUAUUUGUAAAGUCAAGGUUACACUCGAAUAUUUACUGAGAUAACAAUAUUGCCAUUAGACGAGCGCUAUAUCGUGCGCUGAAAUGCCUUAAUGUCGCUGAGUAUAGUUUGGUCAAAAACGCCUGUUAUUGUAUAUUUUUAUUCUGACGAGCUAAUGUAGCUAGUCCAACUGCUAGCCAGGAAGAAGAGUUGACAUAUUACUGUUGGCUUGAAGUUAGCUAACAUAGUCAGAGACGUUGGAGCUGAAAUAAAGAGGUAAGGUAAUACUUUUAAGUAAGUUACUGUCGACUGUUGGAGAGGUAUUUGGGUAUUUAUUUUAAUGCUGAUACAAGUGUCAUAAUGGCUUUCUGUGCGCACAUGUGCAGACACUUAAAUUGUAGUUUCUAAUUCGUGUUAGUUUCACUAAAUAUAUCAAAUAAACGACCAUGAAUCUAUCAAGCCAGAAGAAAUCAUUAAGUAAGGAUGCGUGAUGCAGGAUUUUGCAGAUAUCUGCAGUACUGAUAUUUUCACUCUCAGUUAUUUAUGCUGAUAUAUAACUUUAUAUUUUUACGUAAAUAACUUUAAGUUUUCCUGUACUAAACCGCAUCUGUCACUAUCUUAAUUCAGAGACCGACAGAAAACAAGAUAAACAGCAUUUGAUUCUGCCAUAGAUAUACUCCUCCUGGUCUCCUCCUGAGUUGCUUUGCUCCUCCUCCCAUUCUUGAUCAAAGCAUCAUAUUGAUGGAACAUAUUAGUACAGGCCAAAAGUUUGGACACACCUUCUCAUUCAAUGUCUUUUCUUUUUUUUUUUUAUAUGACUAUUUACAUUGUAGAUUAUCAAUGAAGGCAUCAAAACUAUGAAUGAACACAUGUGGAAUUUUGUACUUAUAAAAAAAGUGUGAAAUAACUGAAAACAUGUUUUAUAUUCUAGUUUCUUUAAAAUAGCCACCCUUUGCUCUUGAUGACAGAAGUACUUAGUCGUAAAGUAACCCUGACAAGGCACACCUGUGAAGUAAAAAACAUUUCAGGUGACUACCUCAUGAAGUUAAUCGAGAGAACAGCAAAAGUUUGCAGCGCUAUCAAAAAAGCAGAGGGUGACUACUUUGAGGAAUCUAAUAUAUAAAACGUGUUUUCAGUUAUUUCACACUUUUUUCUUAAGCACACGAUUCCACAUGUGUUCAUUCAUAGUUUUGAUGCCUUCACUGAGAAUCUACGAUUUAAAUAGUAAUGAGAAUGAAGAAAAUGCAUUGAAUGAGAAGGUGUGUCCAAACUUUUGGCCUGUACUGUAUAUCAUGCUGGAUAAAUAUAGACUUUGAAGGUUUCAAGGAAGACAGCAGGGACAAAAGAGGAAGUUAACUUUACUGUGCUGAACUGCAAAAACUAAGUCAAGAUGUCUGAAAACACAAGUGGGAGUAUGUGUCAGAGAAAGUGAUACAUUGACGCAUAAACAGCCUUUUUCAGGUGCAAAGGUUCUAGGUAGGAUACAUAUGAAUACUGAAGCAAGCAGGAUAAGUUUGUUUUUUGUUUUGAAAACACCACCCACACACGUCCAGGACAAAGUCAGUAAGGAGAUAAAGAGAUACAUGCCUUGUGCACAGGUGGUGCCAAAACUACUACCCCACACAAGCUCAAAAUAACGUUGCAUUCCAUGCGUGAGCAAAUUUAAAGUUUUGCCAAAACCAAUGAUUGUCCCUUUAGUUUCAUUUGUCUAAUGGUUCUCCAUCCUCUCAUCAAGAGCUCCAGAUGCGGCUAAAGGAUCCCUUCUCCUUGAAAGCCGCCGAUAUGACAAAGCGGACCAAUAAACCGAGGAAACCUCGAGAUGAGGAGUCAUCAGAUGAAGUCAGUGGUGAGUUACUGAGGCAACUUUAGCUAUGGGAUUUUAUUUUGGUGGUUCUUCACUCAUUGGAUAGUGAAUGAAAUAAACCGAAAAGCCAGGGUAUCUAUUGAGGACAACUCUCAGUCUGGUCUGAAGGGUAUGUUUGUUUUAUUCAUGUAAGACCAGAUAAUUAAACUGUAUCAAAGUCCCAGGAUAUAAGGAUUCACAAUGUACAUCCCAGCAAAAAGAAAAUUACUCAUGAACCACAAAUUUUGUGUUAAUGAGAACUGAAGGUAACACUUUUCUUACACUACACUUUUUUAUUCUUAACCAGGGUUGACUUGCCAGCAUGUAAGUAAGGCGGUGGACCUGAACUCAGUGAAGAAAUCGGUUCUGUCGAACGUGUGGCUUGUUUGCUCUGAAUGUCUGAAAGAGAGGACAAUGAUCGAUGGAGAGCCAGCAGCAUCCAAUGACAUCCUGGUGUGCUUAAAAUGUGGUUUUCAGGUAACUGUUUUGUCAUAAUAAUCAUCAUCAUAAUAACAAUUGCAUUAUUUAAUGUAUCUUAAACAGUGUCAGCUGGUUUUGGACACAAAAAGGCCUAUUGAUGUUUGUGUUAGUGUGUAGAACAAACACAGGGUUGGAAAUAGGAAGAAGAAUACAUGAUGAUGAAAAUAAGUACAAAAAAAUCACUCAGGAAUAUUUGUACUGUUAAGUCUAGUGUCAUAUAAUGUAUCUACAAAGCUGGGUUUGUCUGAAAGUAGAGCAUAAAUGUGAGCUGAAGGCAUAAAUGUAGGUUCAUGUAUUCCUUUAACAUUUGAAGUCAUUGUUCUAUUUUUAUAAAUCUGUUUUUUUUUUUUUCUUUAUCUGAACUAUUUUUAGGGCUGUAACCAAUCAGAGAUCCAGCAUGCUAUCAAACACCAUCAAGCUUUCCAUCCAGAGUCUCACUGCAUCACCAUCAGCCUGAGCACAUGGAAGGCCUGGUAAGAGAUUUUAAGAGUGCGUUUAUUGUACACUGCUAAAAAGAAAAAAAGGACUCUGCAUACUUAAAUCUAGUCUGUUUAAACAUGUUAUGAUAAGUGCCAGGAUGUGACAGUUGUGACUAUAUGUGUGUGUGUGUGAAUGCUUCGACCGGCUUAAACACAGCAGUGCUCUAUGACAAACCUUUUUUAUCAGCAUUAAGUUUAAGGUACAUUCAGUCAUGUUGUUGGAUAAAGGGUAUUUAAUGAAGUUUUACUCAGCCCUUACAUUUUACUCUUUGCGAAUGUCUUUCUCCUCUGCCGAGUAAUCCUGCUUGUCAAAAAGUGUUCAUUUUCCAACUUUUGUGUCUUGAGGGUUAUUAAAUUUCCCGUAACUCCGAGCCUUUCUGGUUUUCACUUUCAACCUAUCUCAUUGUAACAGGUGCUUUGAAUGUAAUGAGGAGCUUUCGAUUCACUGCAACAAGAAGGCUUUGGCUCAGACCCUGGACUUUCUACAAAAGCAUUCUGUCAAGGCAACUUCAGGUAAGGUUGGCAAGUCUCUGGAGGUUUGGCAACGUAUCAACGUUGAAGAAAGCUUUAAUUAGACACAUGCAUUCUUUCAGUGUAUCAGCGAAGCCUAAUAAAAUCAGUUUGAGUCUUUUUAAUUCAGCAACCUUUGAGUAGAAUUUGUUGGCCAUGGCUGCAAAUACCUUGGGAUGGUGUUCCAGUAUUACUGGAUGGUGAAUCUGAAUGAAAUUAUGCACUAGAGAGCUUCAAUCAAGGUUUUUGUGCUAAUUUCAUAGUGUCCACCUGUGCACAACAGGCUAAUAUCACAAUCUUGUCAGGGCUGUAUAUCAGAAAGUUAGUAUUUACCAAACCCUAUUCUGCUCAACAAAGUACCCGCAGCACAGAUGACCAAACUUACAGAGUCAAACAGGCCCUUGUUUGUUGCUGUCAUUUUUAACACAACCUGUCCAGGAUUGGUUGCAGUACACCUGCUCCCCCUGGUGGCUGCGGUUGUGUGAACCCUUGGAUUGAAUGUGACAUCUUUAUUGUAACAACAGCCUAUGUUUGUGCGUUAUAUGUGAAGCCAUUAGGCGUGUAAGCUUUGUUUGAUCGUUUCUUAUACAUGAAACUAUAUUUGAAUCCUUUCAUUAAGCUUGUAAAGCCCUUUUGGCUCCACAAAACGCACUGCAUAUAUGCUGAACACAAAAGUUAUUGCCAAACACAUUAUUCCUGUGAAAGUAUUUCAUCGAUAUUGCGUGAUGCAUACAUGUAAGAGCCUGAGAAUAAUCUGUUUUAAAAUAACAUCAGCUUUGUAGCAGCAGCUUGUGGUCACAGUCAUAUUUUUCAUUCUGCUUUUGUUUAUCUGUCCUUUCACCUCACUCACACCACCUGACCCCCUUAAUAAGUCACUCAACCGUACAGAUAUUAACCCCCUUUUCCCUUACACCCUUGUACACCUUCUGCUCCCAUCUGUAUGUACCUCGCCAUUGUGAGAUGACCUCUUACCAAACUGUUGCUGAUCAGGGUGGUAGGUAUCAUCACUUUCAGUCUCAAUGGGUGCCUCAGCUUGGCCCAUUUGCCAGUGGCCAAAGGCCAGUUGCCCAUGCCCAGUCAGACUGGUCCUCCAUCAGUCUCUCAGCCACAGCUUCAGAGUUUUGGGAUUGAUGCUGCAGCAAUCCUCCACCCUAACCCCCACCCUGCACACUGCAUGACUGCACACAUUAGAGGAAUUAGGCGCUUGAGCGAUGCUUCUCGGCUGGGUUCCCUGAAGAACAAGAGCAGCUGCGUGGGGUUUAGCUAUUGCUCUCUUGCUCUUUGUCCUCCCAUUGCUAUCUGUUUCCAUCCCUUGCUUCCUCUGUCAAGCCGCUGUGUGUCUCACCACCUCUGGGCCUGUGUGCUGCACUAGUGGGAGCCAGGGUCCUCAACAAGUCAGAGCGACUGGAUCCUUACAGCUGGAGCACGCUAACUCUCAGUGGACAGACACACAGACGAUGAAAAGUAAUGAACAACGAGAGAAAAUAGUCUCCAAACUCUGUGAUGAAUAUUUGUUGGCAGAUAACAAACGCCUGAGUAUUAAAACGUGUUGUAUUCUCAUGAGGCGUUUUGUGACAUGUCUGCGACAGAGAGCACAUGUUUCACGCUGGAACAGAGUCUGACUAACUUUUAUUCGCCGAGUACAUUACAAACCUGAGGAAUUUUCAGAUCCUGUCUGUAUAAUGUGGUUUGAACAAACCUAUAUAUUUGUGAUACUCUGCUUCACCCAGGCAUAGUGAGCACUGGCAACCAAAAGCACCUCAGAGACAGAGACAAGAAAUGAUGAGAAGUCGUUGGAAAAUAUAUAUGCCAAAACAUUAAGUUGACACAAGUUCACUUUUCUUCUCAAUCGCAGUCUCAGACGUUCUUUUAAGCUAAAUUUGCCUUUUUGAUUUGAUGUUUAAUGUGUUUCUUUUCAGAAGUGUAGCGUUGAAGAUUGACACUUGUAUACCCACUCUAUGAAUGCAAGAUCAGUGAAGGACUAGAUUUCUGAACGUUGUGUUUGUAUAUUUGAGCAGCUAAACUUUGGUGGACAUGGUGCCACUCAGGGUCCCACAUUGAUGGGAAAUAUUCUGCUGAGCUGGACAGUCGCUGCUUACAGCUUUCUAUCUUUUCCUCUUAAAUUACCUGCCACCUUUCCUGCCACCCAAUUGUUCCACACCCGUUGACCAAAUAGGUAUAGAAGCAGGCAGCCAUUGUCGCAGCAAAAUAGGUGGUUGUUGUCUGUUGAGGAGCUUGUGAAAUUGCAUUUUAGUAUGAAGGCCAUGUUUUCAGAGGAAGCUGCUGUUGUACUGUUUUCCCCAUAUACCCCAAGCACAAAAGGGCCCCAGCAAGGAUUUUUUUUUUUUUCAGAUUCCAUAAUAAUUUUGCACAACAACAGCUCAGGGUAGAAAGAAAGUCGAUUAACUGUGCUCUCUCACCAUCAAGGCCUUCAGCUGAAGUACCAGAGUCUCAGUAAAAAGCGAAUUGACCUCAGGGAGGUAGACUCCAGCUUGUAACACAGCUGGGGAGUCUUUGUGGAGCAAAUUAAAAUGUUGGUUCUGAAUAGACAUCAGAGCAUGUUUCUCAUUAGAAUCGUCAGUUCUGUCUUUCAGGGCAAUGAUUGUUAUCAGUCACAGUUGCAAGGUGCUUUUCACCCGACUGAGAGCUUGUUUUUUUCUAAUUUUACAACUUUAAAAAUAAGCUUAUCGUCUUUUGAUCAUUAUUCUUGGUUUUUUAAACUUUUGAUUGUCCAAAUUGAACAGUUUUACACAUGCGAGGUCUCGGACAUGCUGCUAGGACAACUACUGUGGUUUAAUUUAAUGUGCAUUGAUUUUUUUCUUCAUAAGUUCUUGAGGGGAAAGGAGUUUUUGUAGUCUACAAAAUGUACAUACAAACAUUUCUUUAUCUCUUGAAUACAAAGAGCAGCAGCUAUGACAUACCUUUAGAGGCAGUGAUUUAUUGUUAGAUACAACCAUUAACACUGACUGAGUAAUAAGAUAUUCUCAGGGAUGCAUUUUCCUACCAUGCGUCGCUCUAUUUUAUUCACACACACUAAUAUAUCCUGUUUACAUAACGUGCACAUAACCACCGAUACAAACUACUUUUAAAGAGUCAUGAAAGCUGGGUCUCUGCUAAAUGUCCCAUAUGAUAAAGGAGUCAUUAGAGGGAUGUUGUAAAAUGACAAACUCAGCGAGGACAUUUUCACUAGACACCACUUCUUAUUUAACUUUUGUGUCCAUAUGGGAAUAAAUCUGAAUUAGUUCAAAACAUUGUUUUAUGGUGGAAAAGAUUGAACAGUUUUGCACUUCAGAGCAGUUAAAUGAUUUAUUCAUACAGCCCAAUCUGCAGAAAAGUGAGUACAUUUGUGGAUGUUGUUGCGUGGUUAUACAGUUUGAGAGACAAUUACAUUCUGGUUGUUUGACAAAAUCUCUUUUGAGAAUCGUCGGCCAAAGACAGAAGCAGAAGAUGAGGUGUUAUGUGGCACCUUUACUUACCUGGUUUCCUUCCUCUGGGUGUUGAUUUUUGAAACCAUAAUCCUUAGUUAACUGUCAGAGUUACUCAUCUGACUCAGUAGUCAGUAUGAUGCUUGUCCCCUGGUGGUGCUUUCAUGGAGGUAAUCAAGGGUGAUUCUGUCUUUAUUCCCACCAUCGCACAUGAAAGUAGGCCAGAUAGUGGUAGGCAAAUAGGAGUGUGUGUGUGUAUGUGUAAGUAACAUGGCACUGGAUUCUGUUGGCCUCAGAUGGCAAGGAAACAGGCUUUUCAUGCCCUGCAGUCACAACAAAUUAGCGAAUUAAUAAGACAUUUGGUGUUGCUUGGCCUUCCUCUCGACUGCAUGCUCUGCAUGAAGGGAGCUGGCCUUGACCCCCCCCCAAACACACACAAACACACUCACACACACACUCAAGCGCUGCUGCUCUGUAAGUGAACGUACAGGCAUGAAGCCCACUGGCCAUACCAUUUGACAGCAUCUCAGCCCAACAAAGCAGAUGAGAAAAGGAAACUGAUCAAAAAAGCUUUUACAGAAACUAUGUUUCACGGGCUCUUUUCGUUUGUUUGUUACCUCAACAAAAAGAAACUUCACAUUUUUAUUGCAGUUGAUCUUUUAUGUUAAAUCAGUGUGCAUAAGCGGCACACAUUUGUCUAACACUAAACUAGAGGAAAGUAAGAUUUGUUUAGGGCAUGGUUUUACGAACAUUAAUCAUAUCAGAAAGAUUUCAGUGUUUGUGUUUUAUUUUUCUUCUGCAAGUACUCCUGUUCUGUUCUCUGUAAAAGCAAACCAUUCCCCAGUUUCUUUGUGUAUCUCUUGUGUGAAAAGAGCAGCGAGUGCAGGAGGUGUUAGCGUACACGCGUGCAUGUGGAUGAUCCCGAGCACCGUGAUGAUUUCCUCUACCCUGGGGAAAGGCUCCACAGUGUCACUGCUGCCCAAACUCGGUGGCUGAGCAAGGAGGGCCAGGUGGUGGUGCCGAGUGCAGCACAGUCAAGCGUGGAUGCAGCGCAUGCUGACAUUUGCCUUUACUGACUGCUGGAGGGAGAGGAAAAAUCUGCUUUUCCAUAUGCUUGUGCUCGUUGCAACCCUUCCCUCCACCCUCUGCCCUCCCCUUGUCCUCUUCUACCCCCCUCUCCCAAGUCUCAACCAGAUGGCUCCCUGAACAUUGUUUACCUUGGGUGACAGUCCCAGAUGCAGUGUGUGUCCAUCGGCAUCCCCAUUCUGCCCAGUUAGUUUCCUCAUUCCUCUGCUGUCUCUUGGCUGAAGUGCCAGUUGCAUUUUUACACUCAGGUUGCAUGAUCUCGGUUGAUUCUGUUUUUCUUGGCGGAAAAACCACAACAAGCAGAUCCUGUCAAUGAGACACUCUCAAUCCCGCUCAUUCUUUUCCUCCUUUGCUCAAUUCUUUCCCUUGACACCAAAAAGAAAGUUAAUUUUUCUGACUAGGGCUGCUGUCUCUUCCUGUGUCUACGUGUUUUUAACGUAUUAUGUGUAUCGACAUAUGGGAGCUCCCAUAUGGCUGCUAUUGAAGAUGGAAAUAGGCUUCCAGAUGUUGCAAGCACAGAGGGCCAGAUGCAUUUAGCACCUCUGGGUUGAGUGCCACAAAGUGACAGCGCCUCAACAAGCUGAACCUCAGCCCAUCAUGGUCCCAGACUGCAGACCGUAAAACAGCGCCCUGCAUCCCCACUCAGUGCUGAACCGCUUUGUCGUCACAAUGUUUGAUUAAAAGAGCACAGUCGGUGCAGCAAAGAAAAAUUCAAAAUGCAGCAGUCUGAAGAGAGAGACCAUUUUACAUACUUGUGUUCAAUUAAUUGUGUUUUUUUUUUCUUCUCAAGUCUGUUCAACAGAAAAGAUGUCCUCUCUUUUUGAGUGGAAUGUGGUUGUGUAUGAAAUGCAAAUUGUCAGGUCGCGAGUAGAAAGACCCCGGUUCACAUUCCAGUGACUGUGUCCUGGGCACUUCUGCUAAUGUCCUUGGCCUUGAGGAGGAGAAGCUCGCUGGGUAGCGGCCAGCGGCAGGCUUACCACUGCUGUGGGCUUGAAUACCUUUUCAACAAAUGUGUUGUGCACAAGGAGAGGUUUCAAAGAAUUCAAUGUGUGCUAAGGCAAGGCCAUUUCUGUGUUAAGGGGAAGAACGGAGUAAAGGUGCAGGUUGAAAUGAUGUUUCACAGUUCAAUUGAAUUUUCUUACUUUGGAUAUAGGCGGGUUCAGGCCAGUGAUCUUGCAGCCAGCCUGCUCUCUUGACUGGCUUAUACGGGUGAAGUGCUCAUGGACCAAACUCUUUUUGUGCUCGCCAGCCUCAAGUUGAUUUUUUUUUUUCCUGCCUGAAGAUACGGCCAUUUUGUUCUGUUACAGCUUCAUAUCGGCUUACGACAAGAAAUAAUGUUGGACUUUGCGGUUUCAAUUCAUACAGAAUGUAAAACUUAUUAGUUUCUUUAUGUAAAUUAUAUAUAAGUAUUAAGCAUUAUAAUGUAUAGCAGUCGUCUUGUUAAAGUGCAGAUUUUAUAAUUUUUUCUUUCUUUUUUUUUCUUAGUAAACUUAGUUAAGAUUAAGAAUCGUAUCUACAUGAGAACAUUAAACUCUUCUUGUAAUAUUAGGAUCUCUUACAGUUUGACAACAUUUGUUAAAUGCUGUUGGAAAUGAACUGUAGAAGUAUUUGUUUUGUUUGAAGCUGCUCUCUCUGUUUUGUAACUACUGUAGUCGGUCCCCAGCAGACUAUCUGUGUGUCACUGUUAGAUUCUUACCAUCUGUGCCUCGGUGUCUGUUUAAGGUUAGUUUUCAUUGAUGAUCAGAAGUAACAGCUGGCUCUGAAGAGCCAUCUUUCCAACCCCAGCCCCCAACCCUCCCUUACCAACCAGCGGAAACUUCUACAGCUGUCAUCUGCUUUCCCAAAUGACCCCGCUUUCCUUCCAGCUGCCAUCUCAGCACCCUGCUCCCAUCCCUAGUCUUGCUCCAAGGGUAAACCUUUUUUUUUCCAGCAUCAGGCUGUAUGAUAAUUUAAUGGACACUGGAAUCUUCCAACAUCAAGGCUGACUUUCAUAUUCAGUCUCAACCAAGUUGCCAUCUGAGUCAACAUCUAGACUUGAUCACCAAAGGUCGGUAACGAAAAUAAUCUUAUAGUCGAUAUAAACCGAAGUUUGUGAACAGACUCCUCACAGAACUAGCCUGGAAUCUUUUAUGUAACUUUCCAUUUGCGUUGCCAGUGAGCACAAACCAAUGUGCAUCUGGAUGCAGUUGGGCGGAGAGCAGCUAAGUGUUCAAACAAGGCCAAAAAAGGAGCAGGAACUAUGAGUCUAAUCUGGCAGCAUGUCUGAAGGUAAACUCUGGACCAGCUGAUUUCAGAGCCCCGCUGUGAAGCAGCAUUCAUAUCACCUUUGACUUGAGGCCAGUUUGUUUUUCCCGGAAUGGUUAUUUGUGGCAACAUUAUCAGCUCUUUGUCCACAUGAGAGAGUAAAAAAAAACAGCUGUUACUAGAGACACAUGUUCACGAUCGAACUUCCAAGUUCUUCAGCAUUGUGACUACCCGUUCCUGAGAUUGAAUCCUUGUUAGUCAGUGCCAACAUAAACUGUGGUAAUCAAUAAUGUAACAGGACCCACAGUAGGAGCAAUCCUCAGCAGCCAUAAGUCCCAGAACAGUGCAUAUCUGUUUUUAUAAAUACAAUACACCACUUUGUUGUACCGUCUUUUUAAAUGACUUUGUCACAGUGGAGAGUUUUGUUAGUUCCCUCUUCAUCUGACCACUGGGCUGUUUUUUUUUUGUCUGUGUUGCAGGUGCGUCACCCAAAAUCAUCAAGCUUCAAGAGGAGCCGUCAGACAAUGACCCACCCAAAGGCAAAAGCCCAGCCCUUAACAGCACCCUGGUUCCUGUCAAAGGCAUUAACAACCUGGGUAACACCUGUUUCUUCAACGCUGUGAUGCAGGUUGGUACGAUAACCAUAUAGAAAAUGGGAACAAACAAAACUCCUAAAUAUUGAUGUCAUUUUACACAAAGUGGAAAAAAAAACAGGCAGAAGAAUGUCAGAAUAACUACUCAAGGUUGAAAUAAAGCAUUAUUGGUACAAUUAAAAGAAAAGUAAAUAUAAACCAUUUUGUAUUUUUAACUAAAUCAGUGUAAAGUAAGAUGACUUUUCAGUCUUUGCUCUUUCCAAAGAGAUCCUGUCAGGACAUAAGGCAUCAAAGGUAUUUUCAUUUUUACAUGCCACUGUGACUAAGGCGUACUCUCACAAUGCACUUACUCGUGUAAGUGCUGCCUCUCACACGUCUGGUCUAUAUUAAACAUGAUAACAACCUUACAAUGACAGUAAGUGUAAACAGACGUUGCCUAAAGGUCACUUUGUAGUAUAUUCAUUUCUACACGGAAGGCUGGCGAGCUUGUACACAUUUACCUGUCCAUACAUGAAUGGCACUUGGUUGGUGCAGAGCAUGCUCACCACACAGCACAGCUAUAGAGCCCUCUCUGUCUGUCUCUGGUCGGUCAUGGUGACUGCAAACUGACGUGCCUUUCUAACAAUAAAGCUUUAUUUUCCGCCAUUUUGUUUAUCACCCCAGAGGCCUUUCUUGUUGAUUGAAAUUCGAGUUUGCACGGUUUACAUGCUUUUUCCCUCCCUUUCCCUGUCUGUUUGUAUUGUCUCCUUGAAAAUUGCAAUCUUUCUGCUCAAAACAGGUAAUUGUCUGAGGACGAGCUGUGUCUGUGUUCACAAUGCCGGCUCCAUUGUGUGUUUUCCAUAGCAACUGUCUUCAUUGCCAGGAUGUGACAAAACAAACAUCCCUUGAAAUAGAAGGAAAAGAUGUUUCUUUAAAAUGAGAGGACAAUGACAGCUUCAAGCUAUCUCGUCACCAAGGAUCUUCUCUGUAUUCCAGACCCGCAGAUCAUGGAAAGAUUUGAAAUCCUCUCACAGGAUAAUGAACUCACUAGUUCCCUAAAUCACACUAAAAAGGAGAUAUUAUUUUGGGAGAGUGUUUAAUUGUGCUUGUCAUGGGUUAAGUGUGGAUAGUUUAAUAUCCUCCAGAGGAGUCUGAUCUUUUUUUGUUGUCUGUUCUGAUCUCCAAAUCGUUGCUGGGUCUUCUUAUUUGAUGAAUAGUAAAAUAAUUACAUUUGAUCAGCUUGAUUUCUAUCUGAGCUCUUGUCAAAUUUUUAUUGCUUUUUGAUGUUCUGCCAUGAAUCCACAUGUGAAUACUCAGCUCUCUUAAUGGAUGGGUUUAAAAAGUGAAUCAAACAGUGUCAAAAUAAUUCUCUUAUCUCGACAGAACCUGUCUCAGACACACAUGCUCAUCGACCUCAUACAGGAAAUGAAGGAGAAAGGGUACAAACUGAGGAUCUGUCCCCCUGCUGAGUCCAAUCUGGUAAAGUUUACCGUCUGUCUUCUCUUCUCUCGAGUCUGAGUCCUCUUCAAACUAUGCAGUCAAUCGAACAAAUACAAAAGACUUUGGGUCUGAUGUUAUUCUGCUCAUGCUGUGUUUAUUUAGAAAUAAUUCUCUAAUUAUUCAACUACAUGCAUUUCAGUAGUGAUGAGUUAUUACCAAAACCAAUUUGCAGUACUAAGGAAGGUAAAGUUGAACAUGUAAAUGUUUUUAUUUGGUUGAAAACCAGAAUCCCUGUGCACAGCCUGCAUUGUCAGGUCCAAAGAAAUCAAUGAGGAAAAGAAAGUUGUAGUGAAGCCGAUUUCAGUGUGCAGCAGAUCUUUUCUCCUUUAGUCUUUAUUUGGUUGUUUGUUUGUAAUAAUAAUGCAAGAACAUCUUUUAAGAAAAUGCAGUCUUUUAAAAGUUUUCAAGCAGCUGAGAAAAAUCUGUGAUCUUUGCUCUAUUUCUAAUGAAAAAUGUUGUUAAAUUAUUUGCAAACUAUCAAAAUCUGUUGGAUUACAUUUUAUACAACGUCCCAACUCUUUUGAAAAUGGCCUUCCUGAAUCAAGCAAAUUCAUUUUUAUGAGUAACUCAACAGAUUAAACUCUGAUUUGUCUAAAACUGUUAUUAUAUAACCUGUUAAGACACAAACGGAGAAUUUUAUGUCUGUUUCUGUGAAAUUACAAAUUAAAAAUGUCUCCUAUGUUAAUAUUCCAGAAUCCACUGAUGGUAUCGCUGUCCAGUCCUGAGCCACUGACUGCGGCCAUGUUUCUUUUUCUACAAAGCAUGAAAGAGCCUGGGAAAGGCCCUUUAAACCCCAAGAUCCUCUUCAACCAGCUCUGCCAGAAGUAAGCCUCUGUUACACACAUCUAUUACCAUAAAACCACACUGGCCUUCAGUUGUGCACUCAGUAUGUUUCCCAGGGUCGCUUAGGCUAUGGGUUGUGGUGUAUUGUUAUCGCACUACUGAAUCAUCACAACAGCUUACAACACAGAAGAUAAACCUUUUCCCUGCCUUCAAUCCAUGAGGUUGUGGUGUCCAUUUUUAUCAGUUAAACAAAGGUAACACUUGGUCCCAGCUUAGGUUGCCAACAUUUUUGAUGCUUUGAAGCUUUUCAAUACUGUGUUGAAUAAAAUGAUUUUGUACUUCACAUGGUCAGAAUAUUUUCUUGAUAUCAAUCAUAAAAAGGAUUUCAAAUAUUGAAAUAUUCAGCUUCUGGUGAGUCUGUUCAUUUAUACUCACUACUUGGUUGGGGCUCCUUUACCAUGAAUUCCUACAUCAGUGUGUCAACCUCUUAGCAGAUGGAAACAUGAGGGUCUGUAAAACCUUCUGGUAGACUUGUGUAGACUCUGGACAUAAAACACAGUAGACCAGCAGCAUCAGUCUGGUUCUUUUAGCUCCCUAACCUUGGUAAUACUCCUCAGGUGUUAUCUCUGGUUUAGGAGUGAAUCAAUAGUAGGAGUACGAAAGUUGUUGUCCUUUUCCUCUAUGUAGAGGCUCAUGGUGCUCUGACUACAUGCUCAGUCCACUGCUUGUGAAGCUCCCCGUGUUUCUUAAAUCCUUUUCUCUUGAUAAUGCUCUCAAGGCUGUGCUCAUCCCUGUUGCUUUCCCACCUUUUCCUCUCACCUAGUCAACUUUUCAUGAAUCUGCUUCCAUACAGACUCUAUGAACAGCAGCCUUUUCAGCAGUGACCUUCUGUUGCUGACCCUUCAUGUGGAGGUUGUCAAUGAUGGUCUUGUGGACAUCUGUCAAGUUAAAGGUCUAUACCACAGUUGGGACUGCAUGUUCUCGAGGCACAUGGUAUUGAGCUGGUAUGAGCUCAGAGCAUAGACUGUAUAUGCUAUGGACAACUUGGUUCCGCCUCUCGCCUGUAUACGGAUUUGAAGCCAAAAAGCUCUCUGUAUUUCUGGGAUUUUCUUCAUUUGAAACCAGCGCUGCGCAGUAGCAAUGCGCGUAUUCGGCCGUGCAGUCGCAGAGAGUCGCUGUGAUGAUGCUCGGCUCAAACAGCGUAUCCCCCAGGAGAGCUACGCAAUCCCUGAACGCCCUUAGGCUGUAUCAGGUGUCAAUCAUAGCAAACAUGAACCCCCUAAUAACGUUUAAAAACGGUCUUCAUUUACUAUUGACAGCAUGUCAAUUGUCAGUACACACUGCUGGCUUUAUGUGAAAAUUGGUUAUCAGAAACUUUAAAACCACCUGUUUACGUUGGCCCAGAAGUUCACUCUUUGUUGCAGAAGUGUUUCGAUAAUGGAAAGUAUCAAAUCAGGGGCAGAAGUUUGGUAUCAUAACAACCCAAGUCCCAGCUGAAUUCCUUUCAGACACUCAAUCAGUUUCAAACACACUGAGUAUAUGUACUGUGGCUGUAGAGGUAGUAGUUUUGUGGCCUUUUCUACUACUUGCCACACUGGUGUGCCACCUGUGUUACAUUUGAUCCAGAGCAAGGUCUAACAGGCAGAAAGAACCGCACAUUUGUGAGCUGAACUGUGUUCUUGUUCUUUUUUAUAUAUGGUGAGUGCGAGUGUUUGGUCGGCUGGGUUCUUGCUUGCUUAUGGUACACUGCUGGUUGGGUCCAUCCUGUGCGUGCUUGAGAAUGGGGGUUGUUGUACUGUUUAGUAGUGCAGGUGGGUGACCAGGGUAUUUGACACUGGAUGACUGGCUACAUCUCUGGUGCUGCUUUGACAGUUAUUCUGGUACCUAGCUUUCAUCCGAGAGGCCUCUGUGUGUGUGUGUUUGUGUGCGUCGUGUGAGUAGGACUGUGCAUAUGUGAAUGGCCACCUCACCUGGUACCACCUCAGUCUGCAGCACACAUGCAGGCAAUUGUGCAUUCAGACAGUAAACAUUGAACACACCUUUAUGCAUUCACUCGUAGCCAAUUUCAAGUGGGGUUAAUCCAUUCCACUGACGUGAAUUUGAUUAAAGAGGUAUGACUUUAAGCCUCAGCGGCCACUACCCAUGUGGUACACUGAUACCACGAGUGAACUUAAAAUAAAUCCACUAAAAGGCCGUCUCGGACUUUCAGACAGCUCAUGCAAAUUUGCAGCUGUGGUAUCCUGCCAGGGUGUAUUCAAUGCCAAACAAUGGUUGCAAACACUAAAAGAUACUCCCCUGCGUAGGUGUUCUUAUUCUCUUCCUUUUUGCUCUUCAUAACAAUUCAGUUAUCAUCAUUCAUCUUCAAAGUCAGGUUUCUCAAUGUGAGGGUUUCUGGAAUUUUCUACUGAAAAACUGAACUGAAUAGAAAAUGUUGAAGACUUCUCACUGCACUCUGAAAAUGUGAGAUGCACCAAAACAAAAAACAAAAAAACGUACAUUUUAUUUGCUAAAUUAGUUACAAUAGGGAUAAAGGUGUGAUGAUUAAUCAUUAAAGAUGGAAUCUAACUUACCAAGGCGAAAGAGCAGUAGGAAGAGACAAAGCUGUAAUUUUCCACUUACCCAGAGAGAUCAAAUCUCUUUCUGUAUACCAGUUUGAGGGGCAGAAAUUUUAAAGGUGGCUAUAUACAGCCUGUUGGGGACAGGGUGUUAUCCCUUCAGAAGCUCCUCAAUUUCAUUUUGGCUUGCAAGUUAACAGGCAAGGCACAACUCGUGCAAAAUGCACAUGCCAAUCACUGAAGAGCAGGAGACGUGUCUAUUUUUAGUGUGUUGCUGGCAAAUUAGACUGAAAAGGAUCUGUGGUGAUUCAAAAUGCCUAAUGUCUAUACCCGUAGAGUAAAUAUAUUCACAACUCUUGUCCUAUCUCUUGAGAGUUGUGUUCACAAAUUACAGCAGAGCUUGUAAAACAGAAUGUGUGAGUUUUACAGCAAUGCUAGCUAAACAGAGUUGUAUGGAAUAUGCUGGAGACAUCUCUAUUUCGAAUGUUUUGGCUGAUUAGAUGACGGAUAAUUGUGGAUUUAAAGACUUGAUAUCUUGCUCUCAUGCUUCAGUGAGUUUCACUGAUUUUUCAAAUGACAUGCAUCACAGCGGUAAGGACUCUCUCACCAGUAGAUUUCAGUAUGUAGGAUUUGUACAGGCAUAACAGGUUUGGAUAUUUAAAAGACCUCUAAUGCCUUUUUUCAGAUUUGUUAUUUCAUCUGGGACACGCAAAGUGUACACAACAGCAGUUGUAGUGUGAACUAGCCUGAGCGCUCCAAUAUUUUAACAAAAACACUCUUCCACACAGCGACUCAUAUACCUUCAGUCGGGUCUAAAGCUGUAGGUUGAAAGUACAGGGUCAAGAACUGAUAGAGUUUACAGGGACAUUUCCCGUUCUAGUGACCUUUUUCUCGCUGAAUAUAGUUUAUCAUUCUCACCUGUCACUGCAAGCUCUUGUCUCCCAAUGAGGUUUUCGUCUGCCCUUGGCCUGUGGGGACUAAGAGCAAUUUUCUAUUUUCUUUUCACUGUCUGUCUCAGUAUGUUUGUGGAGACAGGGAGGUUAAAACGGCUUUCAGCCAAAGAUUGAAUGCCAGUUUAAGUGUUUAUGUGCAACUCUGGAUUUCUAUUGAGCUCAGUUUUGCGUGAAUGUGUGUAUUUCCGUGCAUGUGCGCGCACAUGCAUUUUACUCUACCAGCUGAGUACUCCACAGCCUGUCUUUUCCUCCUCCUUCCCUCCUGCAAGUGGAGCGGGUCUGGCCUUGGCUCGGACUGCUGCCAAGCUUAAGCUUGGUUGGAUGGUCAGCACCACACUCUAUCUGGUGCCAGAGAGUGUCCCAGCUUGUACCCAGGCUAGUGAGGGGCCACAGACUCACAAUUUAAUCAAAUAAUCAAGUAUUUACCCUCUUCCUAAUGGACAUCUUAAGUUUUUGCUUACUUGGUUGGCUUUAAUGAGGUCCUUUCUACAAAAAAUGGGAUGUAACAACUUACAAUGCUGGUUUUACACCACGGUUUGGAGCAGAUAACUUUACAGUGCAUAUGUAAGCACUUUGAUUUUCCAUUCCUUGAUGUCAGGCAUGUUUUACUCUGUACCUAAUCUUGUAAUGAAUUAAUUUUGCCUUAAUCGAAAAAAAAUCCUGGAGCAGAAGAUCUGCUAUUCAAAGAUUCCAUGUGCAUAACUAGCAAUAUCCAGUAAUAUUUAGCUGUCAGGUUGUUCUGUAAAUUGAAAUGUCCCCUUGCUCUGACCUUCUGUCAGUGAAGCAACGGUGGCCUUCGAGGACAAUGAGCUCCUUUGAUGCAUGAAAAGGAUUGUCCUUCAUUUUUUUAAGUUUUUACAAUCAACAACCACCCCCCUCUUCUUUGUCUUGCUACUGGAGUAUUUAGCGCUGCCGCUCACUCAAUACAAAAAUGCCAAUCUUACUGUGCUGUCCAGUCUGUGCUUCAGUAGAAACAUGGCAGCCACCGCGGAAAGGGACUCGCUCCUUAUGUACAUACAGAAAACUCUGUUAUGGAUACAAACAGACAGAUUUUUAUAUUCAGGUGAUUACAAACUGAUUUACACAUACUUGCAAUUAUUAUUUUCUAUUUCUACCAAGAUUGUUCUGCUGCUAAUUCCAAAUCACCUUCAAACUGCCAGGGUAUUGGACAACCAUAUUUUUUUAGAGAGAGAGUAUUACACUUAUUUUUUUCAUACUCUGUAAUUCCUUUCUAAUACUUCUUUAUUAGUGUUACAGGAUUUUCAGAUUUUAAAAAAAUCCUCCCUCUUUAAGCAGCAUGUCCACAGCACAGUAAAGGAUGUCUUCAAAAAUUUGUUAGCUAUCAAUUCAAUACCAUACUACCAUGUAAUGCUCGGUCUAUUGGAAUUGGUAAUAUUGAACAUGGUGCAUGUUAAACGCAUCAGCAGGCCAAAAAAGCCGAACAGAAGCAGUCAGCUGCACCUGUUUCUCUCAAGGACUGAUUCAAUUUUCAAGACAGCCAGUGGACAUUCUCUUGUGUUACAAAAAAAAAGAGAAAAAGCUGCUCCAUCAAUGUGCUUUGUAUAAAUGUGUGUUUACCCACAUCUUCCCAAUAUUGUUCCCAAGCCUUAUUGAGAAGCCGUACAUCAUUUUAGAAAUAGCAGAGGACAACAAUGGAGUCUAUCUAGUGCUUUGGCAUCCCAAGCUUAUUCACACAUAACUAACACACACACACACACACACACACACACACACACACACACACACACACACACACACACACACACACACAGGCAGUGCUGGCGUACAGGUCUGCUCAGGUGGAGAACCUCUCUCAGAUUGAAGAAAGCAGAUAUUCAUGGUCGGAAGAAAGAAGUGAAAAUGAAGAAUUAAAUCAAAGCUUGUGUGCGUAUGGUGAGUCCAGAACUGUGGUACACAAUGACUCUAACUUCCAAAUGUGAUGACCAAAACCCGUUCACUCUGAUUCACAUGGGAAUAAUAGGAAACAUGUAAAAUCAGUGCAAGUUAGCGUCAGUUAAAACAAAUACAUUUUUUAAAAUUAAGUGACCACAGAAAAUGUGGAAGAUUCUCCUUUACCCCAUUAUGUGAAGUUAGUCGUGAACAGUUACAGGAAAGCAGAUCUACUUAAAGGUUUAGUAAGAAGCUCCCCUCGAAAAAGAGAGUGAUUUCAGAUAACACAUACCAAUCUGUGUGAAGGAAAAUUCAGGAUUUGUUUCUGACAUACUGUACAUAUCAGAAAAUCUGUGUUUAAGUAUCAGACUAAAAAACUGAUGAUCUCAAUGAGUUUUAUGAGGUGUCAAAGGUUGAUCCUGAUCCAGACAAAAUUCCGGAUACUGUGAUCCAGAACACACAAAAAUAAGGGUGUCGUUGGAAUUUUCAAUGCUGAAAGAUAACCAGUGAAGAUACAAGGAAGUGUACGCUGACAAAUAUUGCAUAAUAAAUCAUGCAUCUAUCUAUCUAAUAUGAGCUUUGUUGUUUUAGGAACAUUAUAAACAGUGAACAUACCAGUUUAAACACAAAUAAACGUUAAUAAAAGACACGUAACAGUAAAAGCUUUGGUGUGAAUCACAAUAUAAGGGGGGACAUGAGCUGCUUGGUGGAGGUCUGCGCUCUCCGAGUGCUUUUCUAGUUAUACAUUGUCUAUUGUGGCACAGAUAUUUUUCAAUCAGUUCUACUGUUGGCUUGUUCGUCACAGUCCCAUCUUUGUAUACGAGGAUUAUUGAUUUAUCUUUACAAAUAAAAUGUAUUAUUAUUAUUAUUAUAAAUCGCUGAGUGAAGGCUGGAGGCAUUUAACAUGUGAGCUGUGUGCGGGUACACUGUGUUACUCAUAUGUGUGUGUUUUUUUUUUUUUUUUUUUUUAAGGGGGUUGGGGGGUCUUGUGUGGCCUUGUGUCUGGUACUAACUCAUCCGGCUACUAAUUGUGUUAGCUCCGCAGCUGUUUGCAGUGGCCAGAUUGAGAGCAGUGCUACAGGGCCCUUCUGCUUCUCUCCACUGGGAUGAGCUUCAGACCCCUUCAUUCCCACUCAUACCGACCAAUCCUUUUUUUUUCCCCCCUCAAAUCUGUGCUGUUUCUGUCUUUUGUAAUGAUUCUUAUUAAACGUUUUUUGUUGUGCUUCUUUCCCUCUGUCUUUUGCGUUUUAUUUUCCUCUCUGUGUUUCUCUCUGGAGAGCAUUCCAUCACAUGCUCUCUACCAUGCUCACCCCUCCACCCACCCUUCACCAUGUGUCUGCAUGAAAAGAUUGGAGAAGACAGCGUAGGUGACAGUUUUUUUAGGAAUGGAGGCGGGACAAGGGUGACAGUAGGCUCUUCAAGACCUCUUUGUUUUGACUUGUGUUGGGGUUAAGUGGUCUCAUCUAUAGGCCGACUAAGACAUCCAUUUUUGAGCCCGCAUAUCAGUUUGUCUGAGAGAUAAUUUGAUAUAAGCAUAUUAGUUCAUUAACUUGUCUAUGAAACACAAUAGCCACGUUUGAUUCAUGCUGGUGUAGUGAGAAUGUUCAUCAGAAUAAAAUAGCACAGUAUAUUAAGAUAAUAUACUGACUCAGCUACACUGGGACAGUAGUAAAGCUGUAAAAGUACCUUUUAAAUAUAUUCAUAAGUCACUAGCUCUCUGGGUGUCAGAGAGGUGGGUAAGGGCUUGUAGACCAGAAGAAAUUUACACCACAGCAGGCAUUAUUCAAAAACCUCCACAUAAAGGAAAGAAAAAAAUAACCCUCCACCCAAAUUUCCCACCCUCCAAACAUCCUCUCAGUUGAACUGAUGGCUUCUCAGAUAAUGAUUUGGCCUCUCCCUGUUCGAUGGGCCUGUCAGACCAACCGGUCCUUUGGUUAUGUGGCUGGCUCGGCCCUACAGGUUGUAGUGGCUGUAGCCUUGGCUGCCCAUCUGCCCCUGGCAUCUGUCCCCACAUCUGCCUCAUCAUGGCCAGCGGACAGACCCAAGGAGAGGCUCCCCUCUAACUGCUGUGGGAUUCAUGUCCAUGACAAAAACCCCACCAACAACAGGCUGGAAAUUGUUUGGGAAAAUAUCCCAGCGCAAAUGAAAUGAUAACAAAAUCAAGAAGUGUGGUUAUUUUCUUUUAUUAUCCUCUUUUCUCUGUGUAGAGCAACCCUGUUGUUAACUCUUUGUUCUCCAGUGAUACUCUGUCCAUCUGAUGAAUAGUCUUUUGAUAGAUUAUUAGUCAGUAAAAAAAAAAAAAAAACUGCAUGAAGACAGGAUGUUGCAUAUUAAUCAAAUACCUAAAAAAAUAGCCAAACCAAUUUGUUUGAAAAUAGUUUCAAGGUGAGGGAGUACUUUAUUUUGUCAACUUUCAUUUCGGGCCUUUAUGGCAACUGAGAAUAGAGUGAGGCAACAGUAAAAAAAAAAAAAACACAGGAACAUAAAACAAAAUAAAUGCAGACAAAUGUUAUAUCUGAGAUCAGACCGGUUGCUGUAUUUUAAUUUCAUGGUGUGCACUUGUCUUUUUUUGUUUGUCCAGGGCUCCACGCUUCAAAGGCUACCAACAACAAGACAGCCAGGAGCUUCUUCACUACUUACUGGACUCCAUUCGAGUUGAGGAAACUAAAGUGAGCUUUCCUUAUUUGACCCCCUUUUACUGCUUUAAGAAAACUAACAUGUAUUUUAUUUCAUUUUUUGGACAUUUCUGUUGAAUUUCUUUUGUCGCGUUUUUUUUCUUCUACAUUUUCUAAAGUUUUUUUUUGUCGCUUAAAGUCCUUCAAAUCUGCACAAAGUACCCCUUGUACCUCUUUUAUUUGAUUUUUCUUUUGAAAUGUUGGUGAAAAAUUUGGCAGAAGAAAAUGUCUUAGAAGUAAGGACAACAUGAGUACAAGCUUAGUCAGAUUUUGCCAAACACAGAAUUCAUUUUUCAACCACGGCGAUGCCAAUAAACCCAUCAUCCUCCAUUUUUGUGUUGAUAAACUUUUUGGCAUGCUGACUCUCUGGGUCUUAAGCAUGAAUAUCUCAAAGGCUGCUAAUCAUCACUCAAGUGGGUAUUGUGCUUGAGCAUGUUGAAAUAAGCACUUAACUGCAUGGCUGGAAGUCAUGUAUCAUAAUAGUACACAACAAUUGUUGGUUGUUAAGUAUAUUUUAUCAAACUAAGCAACGUGGAAGAUGACAGAAUUUAAGGACUGAUCCAUUCAAUCAGCACCUGUUUCAAAUUUGAUUUACUGUGGAAAUCAUUUGUUUUUUUUGUAUCUGGGAUUUUUCAUUGGUCAGCUUUGUGCUUUAAUGUUUUGGCAAGUACGGACCCCUCCCAUCCAUUUGCAGGGGCAAUUAGGAAACCCCACAGCAGCCUCUUGCAGAGCUGAACUGCACCCCGUGGCCCCACCAGUGCCUACGUGAACCAAGGUGGAGAAGUUAGCGGGUGUGUUUAGUGGUCAUCCACAGACCCAGGAGUAGCCUCAGGCUGGGCUCUCCUGCUUCCAUUCAAACUUGUGAACACUGACAGUUGUGCCACUUAGGGGACUUGCAAGUGGUACAACCGGCAUCAUUGUGUUAUCUUGGGAAACCCACAGCUGCUGAAUGAGCUCCAGGGCCGUCCUAUUGUGCUUGAGGGUCACCCACAACCCCCUCCACACCCCCCCACCCAUAUACGCACAAGCACGCACACACACUCAUCAGCCCAUCUUCCAAUCCAAUCAGGGAAGUAAAAGAGGGAGGGGGUAUUCAUCCUCUAUUCAUUCAGUCAGAAACUCAUUUAAACAGCCAAAACGUUAAGAGAUACAGUUGCAUUUGAGCCUGUGGAGUGUUUUUUUAAUCAGGCACUAAAACCAGCUAAAUAUAUAAUUUUAAUCAUAAUAUUUCAGACAUUUGAUUUAUAUUCCCUCCUCAAACGCAGGACCAAAAAUGAGAAGACCUUUUUUUCUUUACCUCUGUCACGUCUAGUCCACCUGAAUGAACCCACUUGGUUCAAAAAGGCACAUUAUAGCAACUCAUGAACACUUCUACUAUGUGAGCGUGUGCUAAGUGUGUUGUUUGUGAUGUAGUGAGGGAAACUGGUGUCAUGCAGUCUGUGUUCCCAACCUUUUAGAGGCCCUAAAUGUUUGUGUUUACCAGCCAUUAGUGUCAGAGAUCUAAAUAUGCUAAUUUGGCCCAAGUCAAUUAUCACCAAUUAGCUGAGAUGGUAGGUAUUACCCUCUCAGGGCAUGGACUGUCCUUCUUUGCCUCGUCUUCAUUUGAGUUUCCACCCCUUCACCCUCAUACCAGCAACCCUCUGCGCCCCCUCUCAUUCAGCCCAUCCUGUGUGGGACAGUGCAUGCUGUUACACUGGAGGGGGCAGUGAGGGGUGGGGGUAACUGGUAAUUAAUUAGUAGGAGAGUCCCCCAUUCUGGUCUGACAGUGCCGACUGAGUGGGGUGCAGACUGGCCAGGAAAGGAUUAACAGGACUUUUUGACCUAAAUAGCCAGUCCAGUGCGUGGGUCCCGGGACAAUGGGGGCUGACUGGUCUCGGCCGCAGACAUAGACCGUGGCCAAUUAUCUAUUGAUUGGUCCUUCACUGUGGCUGUGCCUCUUCACAGCUCUCUCACAAACACACUCACUGACCAUGUCACCUUCAAUAAGAGGGCCCCACUAAGAACUUAGACACACACACAAACACGCACAGUUCAUUAAGACAUUUAAGUGUUAACGUUUGUAGACAAGCACAAUAAUUAUUUUACACUAAUGAUGCUUGUAAUAGGUAAACCUGUCAAAGUAAGCGGCAGACUCCAUUUUGAUGUUUCACUAAUGGAUGUAAUUGAGAAAAUGCCAGACGAAAACCUGCAAUCUCUCUUAUUCAAAUGUAACGUGGAGACCAUCACUUCCUGUUUGCGUUGUUUAUCAUUUGUUUGUUUGUGUUUGUUGUCUUUAGAGGGUGAAAGCAGGAAUCCUGAAGGCUUUCAAUAAUCCCACAGAGAAAACUGCGGACGAGGAGACCAAACGCCAAGUCAAAGGUUUGCAUGUCCAUUGCAGCGUUUGUAUUGUGAUGACUCAGAUCAAUAGUCCCAUCUUCUGGCAGUUGAUGGAAAUACAGCUCAGUGACUCUUCUGUCAGAGGGUUGUUUGACAUUUAUUACAUGUGGCUCAGAAAUACCUGAAUGUAGUGUUUGUCAAAUAUGUUACGUAUCUGAUUUAUUUAUGUCCAGCAUGCUGUCACUGAAGUUUCCUGAUCUUAUGUUUUUUGUUUUUUUUUCGGGUGAAGGCUGACUGAAUUGUUUCUCAUAUCCACAUUGUAAAAACCAUGUCUCUCUGUUCUCCCAGCGUAUGGAAAGGAAGGUGUAAGGAUGAACUUUGUCGACCGUAUCUUUGUGGGCGAGCUGACCAACACAAUUAUGUGCGAGGAGUGUGAACACGUAAGUGUAUGUGGGUGAAGAACUGCAGGGUCAGCAAGGUCAUGAGCGCUCGAUCCAAACCAACAUCAAGACAGUAUAGUAGCUGUGCAAUAACUAUGCUUUGUAGCCUUCUCGGAGUUUCAAAAGAAGCUAGUACAUAAACAAAAACAGACUUUACCGGACUUUACCAGUUUCUAGUUGUGAGCCAUCAGUUAUGAUUUUACAGAUAUUUGAUACGGACCUGUCAGACAACUGACCAAUAUGUCUAAUAUGAUCUUGAUGUCUUUUGGCAAUUUAAUUUUUUCAUGUAACACUUUGCUUAAAGUUUUAGAUGAAAGAUGAAUAAUGAGGCAUUUUAAUUAUUAGAACAAAGAGAAGUCUCCGUGAAAACAACCAAAAAUUAGCAUUUCAAAGACCACCUCACAUUAUUCUAGGUUUAAUUAAUAAGAUGUAGGAGUUUAAGGUCAUUAACAAAGUAGCUGCCUGUGUAAAAACUUGAGACUUUCCUUGGAGGUAAACAGCAUCAGGUGUGGGAAGAAAAGACAGAUAUAAUGUCAUUCACAACCAAAAAUAGAAAAUCUGAAAGUGUUGAAGGUAAAUUGUAGACGAUGGUGGUGAGUCUUCUGGGUUUUCUUUUUUUCUUCAGUUGAUCGUAAAAUUUAAACUUUUUAAAGCCAGGGAGAAUUCCUGUUCGAAUCUCAUCCUAACUAAUUGAAUUUCCCUUUGGGGAUCAAUAAAGUUCUUCUUUCUAACCAAGGAAGUGUAAAAGUAGCUCAGACUGUACUUGUUACUACUUCAGUGAGCAGUCAGUACAAACACCACUGUGUCCAGGUUUUUUUAUUUAUUUAGUUUCAGUCCAGAGCUGCGACUGUCAAAUCUGAAAGAAGUCUGCAGUAUUGAAAAAAACAGACAUCCUUCAACAUUUUAAACUUUAAAUUUCAAGUUUUAGGGUUUUAAAGGCAGUAACCUUCCUCCCUAUGUGCAGUGCACACACAGUGCAUAGGACCUCAGCUUAUAUGGGGGUCCUCGACUAAACCAUAUACCCAUGUGUAUUAACAGUAUAUUUGUUGAGUUUAGACAUUACAUAUAAUAUUUACUGGUAUCAAUGUAUGACAUGAUGUGCUGUGCGCAUCUUCACAGUGUGAGACACACACUGUCCCGACAAGCACUCACACUUCACUCCUUGUCUAAAUGCACUAAGUUUUCCUUUUUUUUUUACCUCUUGUGUCCAGUUGUCUGAACCUGAUGUUGUUUAGUAAUGUAACUGCAUUGGUUCUGGGUUGACACGUAAUGUAUUUAACACCAGACUUCUUUCUUCCAUGCCUCAGUGAACUAUAUGUAGAGGUGAUUGAAUGAUAAACUCAUAGCUGAUGGAGAUCAGCAAACAAAGGUUCAGGUUCCUGGUUUAUGCAAAGAUCUCUUGUUGAAAUGUUUUUUUUAAAUGAAGGACUUGUUCAUUGACAGAAUUCUCAUUAACAUGAACUUAUUUUAACAGAGUUACAUUGACUUGGUUCCUAUAAAAGAAGCUUGCUAAUUAAAAAUGACACUUAGUUAUCCACUAGCUCUGUGCAGGCACCCUAGGUGACCGUAUGAGCUGGAGGAGGGCGCCUUAUCAUGAACUCUGCUUUGGGCUUCCCUUUAAUCCCUGUUUAAACAUAUUCUCCAAACUCUUGGUAACAUAUUAAAGGUAUUUGAUUAUGCUUAUGUUAACCCACACGUGAUCUCUCUUUCAGAUCUCCACAGUGAAGGAGGCUUUCAUAGACAUCUCUUUACCUAUCAUCGAGGAGAGGGUAAGCUGUUGCUAUUGGUCAUGAGACUGUUUAUUUGGACAGUAAACAUAGUAACAAACAGUAAACAUAGCUGAAUAUGUCCAUCUGUAUUAAUUCAUUGAUUAAUCUGUUUGCACAGAUAUCAAAACCUACAAACCCUGGCAGGCUGGGUAAGGCCGGACGGGAGCAGGACACUCACACAAUGCACAGCGACCAGGUUUUUUCUGCAGCUCAUCCAGUCAACAGGAAUACAAGGAAGCUAAGUGGACAGGUAAAGUUAACAGUGUGAAAUGUGUGGGACCCUCACAUUUGAAGUGAAUUUUUGGGCCUGUUUGGAUUUAUGUAGCUCAAAAAAGUAACUAUUGGACAGAUGUGUUGAUUGAAUGUAGCUUGUGGAGCCCUUGUCAGUUUUUUAGCUGGAAAAAAAAACUCCACACCCGCCUCUUUAAGAGAGACUUGCGUGUCUGUUAUUUAACCCUCAGAAGCAGCAGAGCAGGAGGUCAUCAAGCUCUGUGGAGGAGAAGGGUGCAGGCUGUAGUGCGGAGCGGCACGAGGAGGAGGGGGUUGCCGGUGGAUCAGCUCGGGGUGUUUCCGUUUGCAAGAUGGCUGUUGCUGGCAGCCUAUCUGAUGGGAGCGAAAGAGACUCAGGUGCCCAGGACAGCAGUAAUGACGCUGACAGUGAGGCUUCAGAGAGCGAGUGGGCCCCACGCAUCUCUUCUGGCCACAGCCAUGGGCACAUGUCCACACCAUCCUCUACCUCCACGCUGACCCCAUCUCCUACAGCCGUCUCUGCCUCUUCCCCGUCAUCUUCAUCGUCCAUGAGGCAAGGUGGCGCUGUAGAGCAGCUAGUUACCGCUGUGUCUAAAGUCAACCUCGGGUUCAGCACUGGGGACUGCUCAUCCUCUACUCACUGUACUCCAGAGGAGCAGGGAGAAACACAUACACGAGAUAACCUCCACCAUCAGCCCCAUAAGGGGGCCUUCCAGGUGCUGUCCCACAGUUACACACCCAGCUCCAAGGAGUGCUCCAUCCAGUCCUGUCUCCAUCAGUUUACCUCUGUAGAGCUGCUGAUGGGCAACAACAAGCUGCUGUGUGAGAGCUGCACCGAGCGCAGACACAAACAGCUGCGCAAGAGCAGCUCAGCAGGUAAGACGCAGCAUCAGGAGGAGCACCAAGAGCUUUGAGAUCUACAAAUGAUGAGCAUUACCUUCAAAGAAUUUAUCACAAGUAGUAUAAUUACAUUCAUUUUUAAGAUUGUAGCCAUUUUUAUUUGCAUGCGAUCUAUUUAUCAGAGUCCCCCUUAAAAUGAUGCUCAGAAAAACUGUCUCUUGGAUGUCAAACUUUUGUGUGAGUAACUUUGUCAUGUGGAAACACUUGCGUUACAAUUUUUUUAAUGCUUAUUUUUUAGGUGCACAUCAUUUUAAACAUAAUUUUUCAUUGUAACCAGCUGUAGCUGAAGGAAAGUAAGAAGCAGAAUAGCACACUGGCAAGAUCAUCACAUUGUUUUGUUUACUUGAUUUUCUGAGAAAUUUUACACUUCACAAAGGAUGGGCACAAAAACGUAGAAGUAAACUAACUUAGAUGUUUCACUUGAGGAAUAGCCAUUCCAGCAUUUCUCCUUUGUCCUCUUCCUGACUUACUUAGUCCUUACCUAACAUGAAUGAAUGGUAGAUAAUGACGUAAUAUAAUGAAAGAAGCAUCAACAUAUUAUAUGUACAUUUUAAAACGUAUGCAGACCCAACAGGUAUUGAAAUAUUUCAUGCAUUUUAAAGUAAAUGUGUCAAUAAUGGUGAAUGUCAGGUGCCAUAGAGAGGAUUAGCUGCUCAUCGAGUCCAAGUGUCACAGAGCAGAAUUCAGAGCUGAAAGGUGUUUUUAAAAGUAGAGCCUGUCAAAGGUGUGUAAAAGGUGCCUGGAUCCAGAUGAGCAGGCACUUGGUGUACCAGCACCCUUCAGGAGUGUUUGACAGUAUGUGUGAACUCUCUAACACUGAAAUUCAGUGAAAGCGCUUGGAAAGGCUAAAAAAUGUAAUUGUUACAAUCUCUCAGACCUUUCUUUUUUUUGUAGGAAGUACAUUAGUUUGGUAGAUUUGAGCAGCACAGGACUAAUUCUGAAACCGGAUCUUUCUUUGUUAUUGACACAGACAAGAAGGUGGAAAAGAUUUACACCAGCGCAAGGAAGCAAAUGCUGAUAUCAUCCCUGCCUCCUGUGAUCACGUUACAUCUUAAACGCUUCCAUCAGGUGAGCUGGGACACAGUCUGCCUUUCUAUCCUCCUAUUCACUGUAAAAGUAGCAGUCGUCUGUGAUGUUUCAGGGUGUAGCAUAAACAGUGACAGAUCUGGCCUUUAUUGUGGUUUACAGGUUCAGAUGUCAAUAAGUUCUGCUUCUGCUCUUGUAUUUUAAGGCAGGGAUGAACCUAAGGAAAGUGAACCGACACGUUGACUUCCCCCUCAUCUUGGAUCUUGCCCCAUUUUGCUCAGUGUCCUGCAAGGUAUCGUGACACUAAUGCAGACAUCCAAAAAGAUUCAAUGAGCUUAAAAUGAAGUAAUGAAAAUAUCAAGUCAAUCAAGAGGUUUUUUUUUUGUUUGUUUGUUUUUUUUGCUCAUCCUCUUUCUUGUUUCUGCAAGAAUCUGGCUGCUGGUGAGCGUGUCCACUACAGCCUGUAUGGGAUUGUUGAACACAGUGGUUCAAUGCGAGGGGGACACUACACUGCAUAUGUCAAAGUGCGCCCUCCUCAAAGGAAAACAGAGCAGCACCACAGGAACCAGUCAGGUCAGGAUUUGGCUUUAUUGAACUCCUUUAAGACUUUUUUUCUUUUUUUAACUGCACCAGAGAAAUAUUCCUAUGAAACCUUUUGUGUGUCUUCCACAAGUAGCAGGAUGUAAAGUGAUGUUGAGUUAUAAAGAUCUGUAAUUUGGGAUAUCCGGGAUAUCUUUUGACACAAGAACACCCAGCAGUUUGCUUUCUUGCAGGAUUUGUAGGGUUGUCACUCCUCAAAAAAACAAAUGUUUGAAGUGUUGUCUUCUCUCCUAUAUUUAUAAAAAAUUAAAAAUUUGUACAUGCUCCAGCCGAUGGCUACAGGAGAAGUCUGACUCUGUCAAAGGCCGGUCUUCUCUGAUGUCACCUUAAGGCUGCAGUCGCUGCAGCUUGAUCACAGUUUGAAAAGAUGUUCUCUGCAAGUUCAGACAGCAAUAUACUGAAUAUCCCUUUGUAAAUAUAUUUCAGUUUAGUCAUUGUGGAGACACCCUGUGAUAGCUCGUCCACAAAUUGUACCAUACCAUUAACACUGAGGCUGUGCGUUUGUGUGUUUCAGGUGCACGAGAAGGAGGGGGCAGCUCCCAGGGCCAGUGGGUGUACAUCAGUGAUACCACAGUUCAAACGGUACCAGAAUCAAGGGUACUCAACUCUCAGGCAUACCUGCUCUUCUACGAGGAAAUGCUGUAAUUUGACUAACAGAAACCUGUAACUGGGUUUUCCUUGUAUUAUUUCAGUACAAGCCUGUACUGCUCCUCUUGCUGUACCUGUGAGGAGGUGGGAAAGGGAAAGACUACACUUGCUUUUGUUAUAUUUGAGUAAUGAACAUAGGGAUUCUUAGAAUUGUUCCUUCUUAAUGUCUAAGAUGAAUUCAGAUCGUAUCAAAUAUCAGAGUUAUUAUUUUCUGAUUCAGUAUAACUUAGACCUACAGUAUAUUAGUGUUUUAUGGUUGAAAAGCCCUUCCCUUUAAAAAAGGCUUGUAAAGGAGGGUCCUUAUCUCCUGCUAUCUCAGUCACGAUCAUGUGCCUGAGAAGUAAACUGCAUGAGGGAGUUUGCCAUAGUAACUUACAGGACAUAGGCAGAUCUACUGCAUGCUAAAACUGUGCUCAGCACUGACUUGUUGAUGUCAAUUUUGUGUGUGAGUGUGCACAUGUGAGUGAAAGAUUGAGUGAGCAAGAGACAGAAGAAUGUAGACUUAAGGUGCUAUGUGUAUCACUAUUACCACAACAAACUUAAAGGUUGAAUUACUUGUGUUAACCAUCAUAAAGAAAAUCUGCAUCCAACACAAGUGCUUUUACAUUGUGUGGCUAAGGCACUCGUUUGUUCAGAAGAGUGCUUGUUUUUUUCUGCCGAUGGAGUACGCUAGAUGCUGAGAAAUAACAGUUUCAGACAUGUUUGUCCUUUGAGUCCAGAGAAUGAAGCGCGUGGACGGGCAGAAGUGUCAUUUGUGACAGUUUAUAAAAAAAGAAGUUCAAGUACUUGGAAACAGGGGCGUCAGUGGUGUGAAAAAGAGCUCAGCCCAAUUUUCAUCCGGUUUAUUUAUAAUUGCAUAAAUUCCAUUAACAAAUUGGUUUGAAUUGUUACACAAAGCACCUUUAUUGAAUAGCACAACUGUUAUUUUUCAGCCUACUUUUAAAGGAUUGUUUUUUUUUCUAUAUCAGAAUGUAUAAAUGUAAGACUAUCGGUGAAUUACAUUUGCCAAAGACAAGUUAAAAACUGCAAGUCAGAGCAGGAAAUCAGAACCAAACCAAUGGAGUUUACUUCACUCAGUUGUAUUAAUGUUUUAUCUGUUGAGGUGAUUCUACAGUGUUGUUGCACAGCCAUUGCUUUUCAGAACAAGAAAGCACUUUGUACGCCUUCAUUUGUAUUCAGUCUUAACCCAGACCCAUGAAAAUAUCCAACAACAGACAUCAACAGACUGAGUUUGAAUUUCUGAAUAUUCUCUGUUAGUUCAGCAAAAACUAAAAACGGAAGUCUCAAAGGCUUCAGGCUUGACUACAGAAACUUUCAUUGCUGAGAUGUGCAUGGGUUGAACCUUCUAUUGAAUGUAUUGCUUGGUCAUGAAAUGAGCUGUUCAUCUCUUUUUAUGAAAAUGUCAUGAGUGAAAAUAUUUUCUUUCUCAUUGGAAAUUAGCCAAGAACAGUAGAAGAGAAAGUUCUUAACAUCAGAAUCUAGAGGAUUAUCAUUAUUAUUAUUAUUAUUAAUAAUAUUAUUAUUAUCAUUAUUAUUAUUUUGCAAAUAAAGUCAAAUACAGUGCCUGUGCUUUGGGUUAAAGGGACCUAUGCAUGGUGAAAAGACAAACAUAUGCAUUGGCAAUGCAAAGAGGGAAAUAUGUACAGUAUUUAUUUACAGUAUGGCCUACUGUAAGCAAAAUUAAUGAGGAGAGUAUGUAACUUUGCAGAUUAGAAAUAAUACAAAACCAUGGUGCUUCAGGUGUGCAGGGUGUUUUCCUGAAGACACUGUUGUGUCCACAAAAAUAUGAUUUCCAUAAGAAAACCUUUGGAUUGAGUAUAACUACAAACUAUGAAAAUAAAUCUACUUUACGAACUGAA